CUCAUCGCAUACGUCGACUCAAACUAGGAAACGAUCGCCAAAAACGAGAAAGACGCAGGAACAACAACGCGGAAGUCGCACGCAAGAACAGAAGUCUCAAGCGGCAGUUGUAAAGGCUGGAAAUAUCAAAGAUUCUGGCACGUCAUCUUCCAUCCAGUCGAAUCCUUG